UAGAUAAGAGGAGAAGCUUGAAAAUUGUGGAAACUUGGAGUGGAAACAUUUCUUUAGUUGAUUCUGAUGAGCCAACAACAAGCCAAGUAAAAUGUUGUACUUGAACGCAUUUGCCUUUAACUCGUCGGUUUAACAUUGGAUUAACAAUUUACUCCUUUAACAUCAAAUAUUUCAUUCGUUUUUUCAUCGACACUUCAUGUUCGCUCAUUCAGUUUGCACUUGAUUGACUUUCGGCUAAAAUUGAAAGCCAUAAAAGACCAAUGAUUAUGUUUCCAGAGCUUAAUUCAUCGCUUAAUUUUACCAUUAAAGUGAACCUUUUCAAACAAAUUGUAUGACAACAUCAACUUUUCAAGGGACAAACAAAAGAUCAACAAAAUGGCUUCAAAAAACACAUUAACUUGUCUCUUUCAAACAAUAAUUUUGUUCCCAUUGAGUUUGGGUUCCAUGACUUUUCAGGCAAACGUUUACGAUGAAUAUGUAAUUCUUGGUAACAUCGGUUUAUUCAAAUGCUAUUUUCCCAACUUCCUUCGAGAUCAUGUUAAAGUUUCAUCCUGGAUUCAAGAUGAUGGAAGAGUCUUUGAAGACAAAAUGCUUCCAAAGUCAGGUUCAAGAAUAUUUAGUCUCAAUGGUAACCUUUACAUUGUUGGAGUGAAUCGUCAAGACACUCACCAUUCCUUCAAAUGUCAAGUUCACAAUUCAAUUACAAACGAAUUGAUAACGAGCACUUCAAGCGGUAAACUAGUCGUAACUGAUCCAAAUGGUAAUGUGCAACCAAGCAUCAGCAACACCCAACGAACCAUUAAAAGUAUCGUUGGAAGCACAGUUUAUCUUCCCUGUGUUGCCCAUGGAUUUCCGGUUCCUCAUUAUCGUUGGUUCAAACGACACCAAGAGACGAAUUUAAACACUGAUAUUCAAGAGUCAAUAGUGCUUUCAUCUUUACCUUCAUUAGCCUCACCAAUAAGCCAACGUUACAGCCUCUUAACUGGAACUGGAAUAUUAAUCAUUAAUAAUGUUUCUUCAAGUGAUUCAGGUCGAUACAUUUGUGUGGCCAACAACAGUGCAGGUGAAGACCGCAUUGUCUUUGAUCUAACAGUUAAACAGCCUCUUUCGGUUCAACUUGAACUAUUUAACACAAUUAGUGGUGAUAUAAUAGAACCUGGAUUAACGCCAGCACUUUCGAGUUCUUCUUCGUCUUCUUCGCCUUCUUCUACUUCAGACUCAAGAGUCACUCUUGGCUCUCAAUUGCGCUUACAUUGCAAAAUUACUGGUUAUCCAAUACAUUUAGUUACCUGGUUUCGCGAUGGUAAACCAUUAAAUCUCAAUUCAACCUUCAAUGGGUCCAGUUACUCGAAUAGAAUCAAAUUGAACAGCUCAAAUCGAAUGCUAACAUUAUACAAAGUUAAUAGAUCUGAUAUCGGUUGUUAUUCGUGUUCCGUUACCGGUGAUUCAAGUGAAUCGACAAUAAGCUCAACAAAGUGUUUAACCUUAUCCGAAGAUGCGCCUCAAUUGAAAGAAACAUUUUCUGAGUUAAUUACUUCGCCAGGAGAAAGAUUGUCUCUCAAGUGUGUAGCAAGUGGAAACCCGUUGCCUACAGUUACUUGGACACUCGAUGACCAACCAAUCCCCGAAACGCACAGAAUACAAUAUGGUGACUAUGUUAGUAUGAAUGGAGAUGUUGUUAGUUAUGUUAAUAUUACGAGUUUACGCUCUGAAGAUGGUGGCUUAUAUCAAUGUGAUGCUCAUAAUGACGCCGGAAGUGCUCAUCAUUCUCAAAUGAUUUACCUUAAGGGUAAACCUUUCAUCCGUCCAAUGAUUAACAUGACAGCAUUAGCGGGCCAACAAGUAAAGAUACGAUGUCCAGUUUCAGGUCAUCCAAUAACUCGGAUUAUAUGGUUUAAAGAUGAUCAUGAACUGCCAAUAAACGAUCGUCAACGUGUUCAUAAAAAUGGAUCUCUUAUUAUUAAAGAAGCUCGUCGUGAUCUUGACGAAGGAUUUUACAGUUGCAAAGCCUCAAAUGACCAAGGAGAAUCAGAUGAGAAACGCUUUUAUAUUCAAGUACUUCGUAAACCAAGUAUAAGUUCAUUCAGUUUUCCAUCACAUUUAACUGAGAAAAUGCGAGUUAUCAUUACUUGCAACGUUUUGACUGGCGAUCCUCCCAUUUCAGUUGAUUGGCUAAAGGACAAUUUAACCAUUUCAAAUGACAAUUUAGAUGACGUUCAAAUAACUGAAUUAACUGAUCUUGGUUCGUCUUUGGUUUUUCGUGAUGUUAAACAGAAACAUGCUGGAAGUUAUACUUGUUUGGCCACCAACCAAGUUGGUCAAGACUCUUAUACUGCUCAAAUGAUUGUAAAAGUUCCACCAAAAUGGAUCAUUGAACCAACAGAUAAAUCAGCAAUUGUUGGUGAACGAGUUACUUUCGAUUGUCAAGCUGAUGGUUUUCCAAUGCCAAUAAUCAGAUGGAAAAUAUCAACAGAAGGCAAAAGUGACUUUAAAUCAGUUUCAAGCAAUUACCACAUUCAAACACUUGAAAAUGGUUCACUAACAAUCAAAGAAACUGAUAAACCCGAUUCAGCAUAUUAUCUGUGUGAGGCUGAGAAUGGCAUUGGUUCAGUUCUGUCCAAAGUGGUUUCCCUGACUGUUCAUAUUCAAGCUCAUUUCAAAUCAACAUUUCAAGUGAUGCGAGUUAAAAUUGGUGAAAUGGUCAACAUUUCGUGCGAAGCUUUCGGUGAAAAACCGAUCAACAUCAAAUGGCUCAAAGAACGAACUGAAAUUGAUUUUCUAAGCGACAGAAGAUACACUGUGAGUGAAAAGGAAACACCAACAGGCCUGAUAUCGAACCUAAUAACUCCAGUCUCCACUCGCUCUGAUUCCGGGAGUUUCUUGUGCAUUACAUGGAAUCCUUAUGGACAAAGUGAAAUGACUAGUCGAGUGUUGGUCGAAGAACCACCCGAUCCUCCAAGUGACCUGAUUGCCCAUGAAUUUGGCAGUAAAAGCAUUUCUCUUCGUUACUCCCUUCCUUAUUCGGGUAACAGUCCAGUAACAAAAUACAUUAUCCAAUGGAAAAAAGAUGGAGGUACUUGGUCAAAAGCAUCAACAACUGAAAUUGACGGAACUGCCACUCAAGUUUUUAUUAAUGAUCUCAAGCCAUUAACUAAUUAUGAUAUUCGCAUGUUUGCUGUAAACAAUAUUGGCAAAAGUGAACCAAGCAAAGUUAUCACAAUAACAACUGACGAAGAAGCACCGUUGACAAGUCCAGUGUCAGUUCGAGCAGAAGCAAUUAGUUCAACUUCUAUUUUGGUCAAAUGGAAGCCUCCGAAGCAUAUUGAAUCCUUUGGUUCAGUUACAGGGUAUUACAUCGGUUACAAAGAGCUGCACACAGAGAAAUCGUUUAUAUUCAAAACAGUUGAAAAUAAAUUAAAUUCCAAGCUCCAGAUAACGAUAAGCAACUUGCGUAAAUCAACUUCGUACAUUUUUACUGUUCAAGCUUUCAAUACCAAAGGAGCUGGACCACAAUCGCCUGAAACAGUUGCCAAAACAUUGGAUAAAGACGCUCCAUUGUCUCCUAAACUGGGGAUUGUUAGUUUUACAGCAUCAACAGUUACAAUUAGCUGGAUUCUUCCAAUAGAUUCAGAGGCACCCAUAGGAUUCAAAGUCUUCCUGCGACAAAGCUCGAGUGAUUUCAAGUCUCAUGAGACAAUAAAUGAUGGUAAAUUGACUUCACAUACCAUAAGGUCACUCCAUUGUGGAACCAAGUAUACAAUUUACAUGGUAUCGUUCAAUGAGAUUGGUGAAAGUGAACCAAGUGAAGCUUUAUCAUUUCAAACUGAAGGAGGAGCUCCUAUUGCUCCAGAUAAAAGUUCAUUGCUCCACAUCAAUUCAACAUUUGUCUUUCUUCAACUGUCCUCUUGGCGAACCACUUCAUGUCCCAUCAACAAUUUCAUUGUACAAUACAAAGAGCAGGGUAACACCGAAUGGAUCCUUGUAUCAAAUACAGUUUCAUCGGUUUUGGAUCAGUUUCUGGUUUCCAAUUUACAGCCAGCUACAUGGUAUAAUCUCCUCAUAGCUGCUCAAAGUGAUGCUGGUUCAACGGAAGCCGAAUACUUUUUUGCCACAUUAACUGAACAAGGAGAAACAAUUGCACCAAUGUCAGUCAGCUCAAACCCAGAUGAACAUCGUUUACGUCGUUAUGUUCAAAUGGUUUUACCAGUUACUUCUGUGUUUAUAUCUUUACUGGUUGUUGUAAUAUUCAUACUCUUCUUUGGAUUCAGGAAAAAUCGAAACAUGUCUGCUGUAACUAAUCUGAAUGAUCAAGUAUCACCCAAAGCUGCUGAUAAUAUUUCAAUGUCUUCAACCAAAGUUGUCUAUGAAACAGUCCAAAGAGAUGAACGAACCAGCGUUUAUUGUCCUUCUCCUUAUGCAACAACGCGAGUCUCACUUUAUUUUCAAGAUAACCCAAUGAAACUACAAACUAAUGAAAACUCAUACGACAUGCCAUUGCUUAAGACUCAUCCAAAUAAUCGCUCUUUAUACGAUUUCCAAGGUACAACCAGUGGGUCCUGUGAAAACAACAAUCUACUCGAUAUUAAUCAUGAACCAUUGUAUCCAAGAUGACAUUAACAACAACCUAACCAUAAUAACAUCGUUGAUUCAUAUUUGUAAAAAUAUCAAUUCUUCAGAUCAAUUAAUUAGAGGUAGAUCAAAUGGAUCCCACUCAACUCUACUGGAAACACUAGAUUAACCUCCAAAAGAGCUUAAACAACAUGCUAUAAUAAACUUGUCAUCAUAUCAAUGGGUGUUGAAAAGGUUAACAAAUUAGGGGAAAAAAUUAACAUCAUGGAAUAGAGUAUUACUGAAUUGAUGUUUGAACGAGUUUUGUUUUUAACUGCUGUUCAUCAUCAUUCAGUUGACGGGAUGGACAUUCAAAGUACGAGAGUUUCAUUCUAGGCAAUGCUUGGAUUGAAUGAUGACUUCCAGGCCUUUGUUUUAUUUUAGCUAUAACAUAUUGUUCAAUAUUAUUCAAAUAUUGUUUUCAUAAUUUUAAUAUUGUUAUCUAAGGUGUUCAAUGAAACGCAUCACACUUUUCCGGAAAACAUGGUCUGGUUAUGGAGUGAUUAUAGAUGAAGCAAUGAACUUCCACUUUCAUUUCUGUAUUAAUUCUAUUGUAAAUUUAUUUCUUUUUGAAUCAGCAUUUUCAUUGCCUAUUCAGUUGAAGAUACUGAGACUGAUUAACUUAAGAAAUAUAAAAAGGAAAUGCUUUUCGCAUAUUGAUUGACCAUUUAACCGCUCAAGAGAUGGUUACGAUAUUAAGCAAUUGAAUUAAAUAUGUGCCUUGUUUCAACUGAUCAAUCUUUUUACCCGCCAUCUUCGACGCUGGUCCUCUGAUUUGUUAUUAAUAAUCAAUUAUACUUAUUUGUAUUUUAAAAUAAAACAAAUUAUUUGAAGCCA